GUGUGUUGGACAGGACCUGUGGUAUCAGCAACACAACUGCUUCAAGGCUGACAAUUCUUGGUGCCAGAAACCAGUGGUGGCAAGGCUCGAAACAGACACACACUGGUCAACAUGAGCACAGCAGGCAAAGUGAUUAAAUGCAAAGCAGCAGUACUGUGGGAAGCCAAUAAACCACUUAGUAUUGAGGAAGUGGAAGUUGCCCCACCAAAAGAACGUGAAGUUCGCGUAAAGAUCGUGGCCACAGGGAUCUGUCGCUCUGAUGACCAUGUGAUAACUGGUGCACUGGUUAUGCCUUUUCCAAUAAUUCUUGGGCAUGAAGCAGCUGGUGUUGUAGAGAGUGUUGGGCAGGGAGUGACUUCAGUCAAACCAGGAGACAAGGUUAUUCCACUCUUUAUUCCGCAGUGUGGGGAGUGCAACAAUUGCUUAAACGCCAAGGGUAACCUGUGCAGUAAAAAUGACCUUGCUUCAAGUGCUGGAUUAAUGCCUGAUGGCACAUCUAGAUUCACCUGUAAAGGAAAAGCAAUUCACCAUUUUCUUGGUACAAGUACCUUCUCUGAAUACACAGUACUGCCUGAGUCUGCUGUAGCCAAAAUUGAUUCUGCUGCUCCUCUGGAAAAAGUUUGUCUAAUUGGCUGUGGAUUUUCAACUGGUUAUGGGGCUGUUCUGCAGACUGCCAAGGUGGAACCAGGCUCUACCUGUGCUGUCUUUGGCCUUGGAGGAGUUGGUCUCUCUGCCAUCAUAGGCUGCAAGGCAGCUGGAGCUUCCCGCAUCAUUGCUGUGGAUAUCAAUAGUGACAAGUUUGCCAAGGCCAAGGAGCUGGGAGCCACCGACUGCAUCAACCCUAAGGAUUUCAAGAAGCCCAUUCAUGAAGUCAUGGUUGAAAUGACUGGCCAGGGUGUGGACUACUCCUUCGAGGUCAUUGGCCGUGUCGAUACCAUGACUGCAGCCUUGGCCUGUUGCAACUAUAACUACGGAGUCAGUGUGAUUGUGGGAGUGCCUCCUUCAGCACAAAAGAUCACUUUUGAUCCCAUGCUCCUCUUCACUGGUCGCAGCUGGAAAGGCUCCGUCUUCGGAG